AUGAGAUCUGAUAAUUAUGGGGGGAAAUUUGAAAAUCUUCAACAUGGUGGAGAACAUGGAGAUGAGCUUCAAUUUCCAUGGGGAAAUGUGUCAUUCAGUUCAACCCUAAAAGGUAUUGACAAAGACAUGAAACAUCUCUGGGAGGUAUCCACUGCCCUCCUGAAGUGCAAUGUGUUUACCAAGAUUGAUGAGUCUAAGGAGGAGAAGAGGAAGUACCAUGGGGAAGACUUUGAAGAUAUGGGAGACUACAUUUAUGAUGAAUUAUUUAACUGGAUGAAUAGGCUUUUGGAGUUGAAGAAGAAAGAAGAUGAUGAUGAGUUGAAUGAGUUAGAGAAGAACAAAGAAGAUGUUGACGGAUUGGAGAACAAAGAUGAUGUUGGGUUGAAUGACAUGGAGAACAAAGAAGAUGUUGAUGGGUUGAAGAAGAAAGAUGUUGUUGAUGGGUUGAAUGGGUUGGAGAACAAAGAAGAUCAUGAUGGGUUGGAGAAGAAAAAUGUUGUUGAUGAGUUGAAUGAGUUGGAGAACAAUGAUGAUGAUGAGUUGGAGAACAAUGAUGAUGAUGAGUUGGAGAACAAAGAAGAUGUUGAUGGAUUUGAGAACAAAGAAGAUGACGAUGAGUUGAAGCGGAAAAAGUUGCUUGAGUUGAAGUGGUUGGAGGUAUUUGAGGAAGAAUAG